AUGGACUUAAAAAAAAUUCUAAAACAAAAAAUAAUAUCAGAAGUAAUUUCUCCAAGCACAGAAUGGCCUGUGUUAAUUUAUGAUCGUACAUGUGCUGAAAUAUUAAAAAAUCUGUUUACCAAAUCAGAAUUUAUAACUUACAAUAUUGUUAUGUCACUCUAUCUAGAAGAAGAUAGAGAACAGGCCAACUUCCCUGUAAUAUAUUUUGUUAAGUGUACAAAAGAAAUAUCAAAAAUAAUUAAUUCUGAUUAUUUAAAUAAAAAGUACACUUCUUUUACAGUUUGUACUUUGGUGCCACCAGAAGAUCUAAAUCAUGAUAUUACAUUUAAAAUAGUACACAUGUCACUAAAAGCACUAGAAGAAAGGGUGUUUAUAACGGAUAUUACAAAUAUAAAUUCUGUAUGUAAUAUAUUAAAUGCUUAUUUCUAUUUAGAAUACACAUCUAAAGAUUUAGAAAAAUAUUCUAAUAUUUUAGAUGAUGAAUCGAAAUCUAGAUCAGGAAAAUUAAUUUUAUUUGAUCGUAGUAUCGAUUUGUAUACACCUAUUCUUCAUUUUUUUACAUUUCAGCCAUUAUUAGAGGAAAUCAAUAUAACUGAUAUGUCUAAAAUAUACGAAGAAUAUGGGGAUACAGCACUUUGGAAAGAGGUUAGACAUACACACUUGGGUGACAUGUCGGAUCUUUUGAAAUCAUACGUUAGAAAAGUUAAAACUCAACCAUCAGAUAAUAUUAAGGAUUUAAUGAAGGCUGUUAUGGAUGCGCCGGAAACACUUAAAACCAAUAAAGGAUUGCGCUUAUUUUUCGAUUUAACUAAAGAAUGUUAUAAAAAAUUCGAUUACAUCAACGAAUUUUCGAAUAUUGAACAGAAGAUUGUUACAAAAGAAAAGUUAAAGAGCAAAGAUGUAAUAAAAGCCUUGACUGAACGAAAAAUUGAUCUUUAUGACAAAAAAAGGAUAGCGCUUCUUUAUAAAUUAAGUGGUCAUGAAUAUACUGAGCGAGAGUUAGCAAAGUUAGAUGAAAAUCUAAAAAAUUUUAUAUUAGAAAACAAAACGAAUGCGAAUGAUAAAUUUAAGCCUAUUUCGUAUGAAUAUAAAUACGAAUAUGAAGUUUCCAAAUAUGAACCUACUAUUUCUGUUGUACUGCGUGAAUAUAUAAAAAAUAAUAAGCAGUUAAUACCUUUUUACAAAGUAGAACGCGAAAAAAAUACUAUUAACAGUUUGAGGCGCACGAACUUAAUUUCUGUUAAGAAAGAUAUUAAUAAAAAUAAUAUUUGUUGUAUUUAUAUUAAAGGAGGUGUUACAUAUGAAGAAAUAAAGUGUAUAUAUAAAUUAACUGAUGAAUUGGGGAUAGAAUUUUUAAUAGGCAGUGAUAGUAUCAUUAAGUCGGAUUUGUAUAUUAAAUAA